CUCAUUAACCAGACGUGGUGUACGUACAAACGUUUUCAUAGUACAACAACGUAAAUUUUAACAAAAAUAAUUACGUCUGCUCGCUCUGUAGUGCAGAGUCUACUUUAUAAAAUUACUCUGUAGAGUCUAGACAUUUGUUUAAAAACAAAAUAUCAGAAGAGAAUUGGCAGUCUGCGCGUUCGUGGGUUCUAAAAUCGUGUAGUGUCUGUGUUGUUUUCAUUCCAUAAGCUUUUUUAUUUUUAUUUUAUUAUUAUUAUUUUCUCGUUUUUUCUUUUAAUUACUACCAGAAAAAUAUUAAAAAAAAAAAUCAAAAUAUUUUUAUUGUUGUUGGUGAUUCAUUGUUUGUGUCAGUGAGUGAGUGUGUGACCGUGUUGACAUGGUGGAUGCCACUUCAAUUUUAUUAUUUGUUGUAACCAUUUUGACGGGAGUAUUCGUUUGGUCGCGUCGUACUUAUGUGUAUUGGCAACGCAGACGUGUCAAAUUUGUGCAACCGACUCAUUUGCUGGGCAACCUUAAGGAUGUCUUAAAAAUGCAAAACUCCUUUGCCUUACAGCUGCGCGAUUACUAUUUCAAUGAACGUUUUACGCGCGAACCUUUGGUGGGCAUUUAUUUGUUCCAUCAGCCGGCAUUAUUGUUGCGCGAUCUACAAUUGGUGCGUCAAGUUUUGAUAGAAGAUUUUGUGAAUUUUUCACAUCGUUUUUCGAAAUGUGACGGACAUCAAGAUAAAAUGGGUGCAAUGAAUUUAUUCUUUGCUCGCAAUCCAGAGUGGCGUGAUAUACGUACAAAAUUAGCACCGGUAUUUACUACGGCCAAAAUGAAACAAAUGUUUUCAUUAAUGGAAGAGAUUGGCUACGAUUUAGAAACGUAUUUAGCUAAACUAACCAAAGAUAUGAAACACACUGGCGAAGGGCCCAUAGUCCAAAUCAAAGAUAUUUGUGAUCUUUACAAUACCGACAUGAUUGCCAGCAUAGCAUUUGGUCUACGAACACAUUCACUGCGCAAUACGUAUCGUGCUCAACUUUGUCAUCAUAGUCAUGAAAUGUUCUAUAUAUCUUUUCGGCGUGCCAUAGAUCUAUGUCUGAUCUUUAUAAUACCAAAGUUGGUGAAGUUUUUGCGUCCCAAACUAUUUACCGCCGAGCAUACGGACUUUUUGCGUAGUCUGGUAGUUAGUAUGCUGGAAGAUCGUCGUACAAACGGUGGUCUGCGUAAUGAUCUCAUUGAAAUGUUAUUGACAUUCAAAAUGGAAGCGGAACUUAAUAAGGAUAAAUCCCAUUUUGCCCAUCAACAGGAGUAUAUAGUCGCUCAGGCAGCCACUUUCCAGUUGGCCGGCAUACAAACGUGUGCCUCGACUUUGGCGUUUGCCCUAUACGAGCUGGCUCGGCAGCCCAAGCUACAGGAACGUUUGCAUUUAGAGAUAAGAAAGACUAUAGGUGAUGAGGAUCCGCCGAUAUCGUUGAAUUUCGAGAAAGUGGAAAAGAUGUCGUACUUGAGUAUGGUGGUGGAGGAGACGUUGCGUAAAUAUCCAGUAGUGCCAUUUUUGGAGAGAGAGUGUACACCACUGAAUAAGAGGCGUUUUGUAUCAUUCCGUCCACAUGCCGAGUGUAUGGCCAGAAAGGGAAUGCCCGUGUAUAUAUCUAAUUUAGCUUUACAUUAUGAUUCUCAGUAUUGGCCCAAUCCCGAACACUUUGAUCCGGAACGUUUUUCACCGGAACAGAAACCUUCUCAUACACCCCUAUCAUAUCUGCCCUUUGGUGCUGGGCCCCAUCAUUGCAUUGCCCAGGUAUUGGCACAGCUGCAAUUGAAAUUGGGACUGAUACAUUUUCUGAAUCGCCAUCGUGUAGAAUGUUGUGAUAAGACUGUCGAUUGCAUCAAGUUUGAUAAACGGUAUGCUUUACUCACCCAUGAGGGUGGGAUUUACUUAAAACUUGUUGAAAUUUAGUUUGUAAAAGAGUUUUUUUUUUUUUUUUUUUGCUUUUUUCUAUGAGUUUUCUUUAAUUUCUUUUUGUUUAAGUCUUCUAAUGUAAAUUGUAUGUGUAUAUAAAUUAAUUCUAUUCAUUUUUUAUACAUUGUAUAUAUUUUAAGCAACAAAACAAAUACAAAAAUAUUUUUUAUAUCAACUGAAUA